CUACGCUUUAGGAAGUGGUUACACUUGGCCAUUUUCUAGAGUGACAGUAGGAGUAAGUCAAGUUUUUGGCGCCGUUGCCGGGGACGGCUAGGUUGUUGAAGAAAAGUGAUUUCUGUUACUUUAGCAUUUUCGUUUUCGCAUUGACUGUUUGUUCUUUCCCACUUGUGCCUUCACGGGUUUGCUUGCUUGAUUGUGUGCAGGUAAUGCAUGACCCGUAGCCAGUCGGGAGGUUUACUGCUCUUGAAUCCAGAGAUUGAACGCACUUGUCGCCAACUCAGGAGACAACAGCGAGCCAGACUGGCUACGGAGGAGCGCAUAGACGGCCAUUUGAGCAGCGAGUCCGAGGACGAGUACGAGAUGGAAGGAGAUUACAAUCCACACCAAGGGAAUCCUCACCAGGCUUCCCCGGUGAAUCAGGUCUUGGGGAACAACCCCAUACCCCAGGCAGAUGGGGUUCAUCAUCAUCCACCGCCGCCGGGUCCCACCUUGGAGUACUACUACACUCCACGGAUUGCUGACAUCCGCCCGGUCAUCCUCUACCCGCCUAUUCCAGCGAACAAUUUCGAGAUCAAGCCAUGUUGGAUUCAACUCAUUACAUCCUCUAUCCAGUUCCAUGAGGAGGCAAGGGUGCAUCUUUCCCGUUUUCUGCAGCUGACGAACGGGUUCAAGCUGAAUGGUGUCAUUGAUGAUGCAAUCCGCCUUCACCUCUUCCCCCAUUCUCUGGCGGGGAAUGCUAAGAGGUGGUUGGAGACCCAGCUGUAACACCACACCCUAAAAUAAUGGGUCGAACCAAUG